CAAACCAUAGCACUCCAGCCUAUUAUCGAGUGUUUGUGUGUUCUCAGUCCAGCCGAGCAGCUGCUGGAAUGAAGUGAGGAGCUGAGGGCUGGAAAGAGGGUGUGAGGAGCCCUGAACACACCUCGGCCAAACCCAGCCCUCACCUGGAGAGCAGACCAUUACUUACUGCAGACGUAACUGGUCCUUAGUACCUUCCAACUCCUGCGGUUUCCGUGUCUCCAGUAACGGCUCACAACAUCGAGGCACUGAAGCCGGAAUCUUCAAUGAUUUAGGAUUAAAGAGCGCGAGUGAGAGGGACUGAGCUGUAAUCUGAUUGUAAACAGAGGCGUUGUUUAAACAAUUGGAAGCUCGGCAUCAGUUAAAAAAAUGAAUUACCUUCCUAUUCACUUGAUCGUGAUGAUAUCGGGCCUGUGUGCAGCUCAAAGACAUGUCCAGGUACAGGAAGGCCCAUUGAUCAGAGCAGAAGGAUACCACAUAACCAUUUGGUGUAAUGUAUCUGGAUAUGUAGGUUCCACACAGCAGAAUUUUGAAUGGUCCAUCUAUCUGCCUUCUGCACCUGAAAGGCAAAUCCAGAUAGUCAGCACAAAUGAUCCUGGUUACCCCUAUGCUGUUUAUGCAGAGAGAGUCCAUAAUAAUGAGGUCUACGUUGAGAGAAUUGAUGGAGACUCAGCACUCUUACACAUCACCAAUCUACAACUACGAGACACAGGGGAAUAUGAAUGCCACACUCCUAACACAGAAUCAACCUACUGGGGAUCCUACAAUGCUAAGGGGAACCUGACAGUCAUUCCAGACACGCUCAGUGCAACAUCGGUACCCCAGACCCUGGAUAAAGUUGAAGGUGACUCUCUGGAACUGGUCUGUGAAGUAUCGAAACAAACAUCACAGCACACACACGUGGCUGUUGCAUGGUACAUACAGAAGGGAAAUCAGAAUCUGAAGGUCAUCUCUCUCACACGAGAUUUCAUCCUACGAACUGGAGAUUCAUACAAACAGAGGCAGGCAUCAGGAGAUGUACGAUUGGAUAAGAUUGGAGCAACUUCAUUCAAACUCACCAUCUACAAACUGCAAGCAUUUGAUCAAGGAGAGUUCUACUGUGAGGCUAGAGAAUGGAUCCAAGACCCAGAUCGGUCUUGGUUCACCAUAGCUACCAAGCGCACUGACAAGACAAUUGUGAAUAUAAAAGCAACUGAUAAGAACUUCAAUGUACAGUUAGAGAAUGAAAGGAAAAUUCUCAUAGCUGGAGAUACCAUGGAAAUAAGAUGUAUCAUUGAAGCUCAAAACAUACAGGAUCGAUAUUUUUCAGUGUUGUGGAUUUUUAACGGCACACAAAUUGCCAACAUUGGCCGUAAUGCUGUAGCGACAGUCAAUGGUGAAUAUGCAAACAGAGAUCGCCUGGGAUAUGUAAGGUUCACAAAGGAGACAGAUACAACAUACCUGCUGAAAAUCUACCAUGUUCAACUGGAGGACAGUGGCAAAUACCAUUGUCGGGCCACAGAGCAUGAGAAAACAGUGACGAGAGAAUUCAUUGCCAGAGAUACCAACAAAUCUCCGAAAGUUUUGAUCCAUGUCCAGUCUAUCAAAAGUAGCCUGAGUACAACAGUUACCAGUAAUACCACUAAGGUUUUGGAGGGUAACUCACUCCAGUUCACUUGUGAUGUUCAAUCAGCAGUCAGGAACCACAGCCACCUUUCUGUUGCCUGGCAGUUAAUCAACAAGCAGAAACAAGUUACCGAUAUCGUCAGCUUGGACCAGGAUGGUACUCAGGUUGUUGGUACACUCUAUCGUAAGCGUGAUGUUAAUGGAGAACUCAGGCUGACCAAACAGCAACCAGAUUCUUUUAUCUUGCGGCUACAUAAUUCAGUGAUAUCAGAUGAAGGAGAGUAUGUUUGUACAGUCACUGAAUGGAUCAUGAACGUGAGUGGAGAUUGGCAGCAGAUAGGAAAGCAAUCUGCUCACACUGUAGCAGUGAUAACACCUCUUGAAACAGGUUUCAGUGUUACAGCAAUAACACGAACACCAUCAGUGAUCUAUGAUAACGCAUUUCAACUUCAGUGUUUCAUCAGACCAACAUAUCCUUCUCGAGUAUCAGUUUCUGUCACGUGGAAAUUCCAGCCUGCUGGAUCAAGCAACAGCUAUGACAUUAUCACCUUCGCCCGUGACACAUCCAUUUCGUGGGGGGAUAAGGCGACAAAUUUUACAAAUAAAAUAAUGAUAACAAAGGCAGUGUCUAAUACUAUCCGUCUGGUGGUCAAUAAAGCCAGUGACUUGGAGGCUGGAAAAUACCAGUGCAUUGCUGAACUGUGGCACCAAAACCAGAUGGACCAAUGGGUGAAGAAAAUCAGCAAAUCUUCCAAUAUUCUGGAGGUGAAGGUUAAACCCCCUGAAUGUAAACUAAAAGUCAAUCAAGCAGAGAGGAACAUUGUUGUGAAAGUAAAUGACAAUAUUCAUUUAAACUGCUACAUCACAAAUCAAACAAGACCAGACUCUCAAUUCUCUGUGCAAUGGCACGUUCAGAAAUCACUGGAGAAAGCUGACAAGCUGAUUCUCAAAUCAAACCGUGACUCUGUGGUUGAACACAAGGACUGGUUAGGAAGAGACAAGAAGAAGGAGAGACUGCAAGUUGCAAAACCUUUUACUGGGCAUUAUACCUUGGUCUUACUAAAAGCUAACAUUAAUGAUAGUGGGAAAUACUAUUGUCAUGUGGAGGAAUGGCUUCUAAGCCCCAACAACAUCUGGUAUAAAAUUGGAGAGGACACAUCUGGGCAGACCAUUGUCACUGUCCAGCGCCCAGAAAGCAACUUGCAAACUGUCAAAAUUGAGAAAAGUAUCACUGUGCCUGAGGACAGCCAAAUUCAACUGGAAUGCAAGAUCAGCAACCGUACUAACCUGGACUCCCAAAUAUCUGUGACAUGGUAUUCCCAGAAAAUAGAGGAGCAAGAACAAUACCCCAUUCUCCACCUGAAUCGGGAUUCUGUUUUUGAAUACGGCAGCUCCCCUAAUAACAGUGCAAGUCUGAGGGAUAGACUACAGUUUGAAAAAGCUACUAAUGAUCUAUAUAAUGUGAUACUGAAGAAAGCAACGACAUAUGAUAGUGGCAGUUAUUAUUGUUAUGUGGAAGAGUGGCUACUUGACCCCAAUGAUGUUUGGUAUAAACUGGGGGAGGAUCAGUCUGGACUGACUUUUGUUACUGUACAACAACCAGAAUUUAAAAUGCAAGUGGAUAAAACUGAAUUGAAUAUUAGCAUACCAGAGAAGGACCUGUUUCAGCUCACCUGUAAUGUAACCCACCAAACACAAGAUAAUUCUCAAUUUGCUGUAACUUGGUUCGUGUGGAAAGUCAAAGAAGGUGCUGACCAAAUUGUGAAGGAGGCCAUUUUAAAAGUUGAUUACAAUUCAGUGUUUGCAUUCGAUGUUUCCCUGGAUGGAGUCGAAGGAAUGAAGGAGAGAUUGCAGUUAGAGAGACCUUCCAAUGGACUGUACAGCUUGACUGUGCAGGAUUCUGCCAGCAGUGAUACAGGCAACUACUCAUGCCACGUGGAGGAGUGGAUUCAAAACGCCAACAAGGUCUGGUAUAAGCUAGGAGAGGAUGAGUCUGGGCUGGUCAUGGUCACUGUACAAGACAAAGGUUCUUCUCUUCAGGAAGCAAUUUGUUCAAAUGAUGCCCUUUUCUACUUUAUAUUUUUCUACCCUUUUCCAAUAUUUGGAGUCCUGCUUAUUGCCAUUUUAUUAACACGCUAUAAAACCCUAAACUCACAGAAGAAGUCUGAUGGCAAAAAUGGUGUCCCGUUGCUCUGGAUUAAAGAACCCGCAGUGACUUAUUCUCCAACAAGCCUUGAGCCACCAGAUUUCAGAAUAGGACCAGGAAGCCUCGGUUAACAAACGAGCAGGCAUAUAGCUUUUAAAAAAAAUCUAAAUGAUAUUCAACUGAUGGUGUUAAAGUUAUAAUGAAUUAAGGAUCAAUAAUUACCCUCCCAAAAAAAUCCACAUUUGGAAGCAAUAUCUUCCACAUUAAGAAUGUACAUUCUGAGGGUCAUGGCAGUGAGGUAGGAGGGAGAGUGGGUACUUUUAUUCCAAGAUAUUUGCCUCAAAUGGUCUUCUCCCCAUUACUCCCAACACAAUUAGUUGAUCUGUUUGGAAUGUUUAAUUUUACACUAAUGUAGAUGUGUAGUCUUCUGCCAACUGUUUUUAACUGCAUGAGAGCUCUGCUUGUCACACUAGUCUGCCAUGUGUAAUAAGUCCGAUCUCAUUAAUAUGUCAGAUGAUCUCCUGAAUGUUAAGACUAUUGUCAAUUUUGAAAAAUACAGAACUGUAGCAAAUGCAGACCUGUGGAGAGAAAUAUUGAGCUGUAAUGAUGUAAGAUUUAGAAUUUUUUAAUGCUUCAUUACACUUAACUGCCCCAACGCUUAGUUAUAAUGUCUGAGAAUAGUCAACACCAAAUCAGAAACGUCAUAACUGGAAGGACGGACAUAACAUCCAGACUUUCUGUUCAGUCAUUGCACUGUUCUGAACAUUUGAACAAUGGAACAAAACAGGAGUGGAAACUUCAUAAAAGCUGAGAAGAAACUGUAGCACUAAAGACUCAAACAUGUUGUGUCAAUUUUUUGACGUGUCAAAUGACUAGAACUUGUGCAAUAGAAAAGCAAGGAAGGACAUCCUACAAAGAUCGUCAUCGAUGUUAUGACUGCAUUAUGACAGGAUUGCACGAACACAAAUAUUACUUAAUACAGGAUAUGGACAAAGAAAUUCCGUCCCUUCUUAAUAAAUAUAGGUAAAGCUUAAGUAGACUAUUAGCAAGUACAGCCAAUGUUUCUCAUUGAUGAAUUUUUGAUACAGAAAUCUGAUCAAGCUGCAAUUGUGUAGAAUGGAAAGUAGUCAUGCAGCUGGAUAGUUUUUUUUAUAUGUUGUUUUUGCACUUUUUGAAAAACUUUUUAUUCUAUGUUUGAACAAGAAUUGUUAUGAUU